CCAGGUGCUGCAGGGCGCGCAGCUGCUGCCCCGCGACGCCCAGGUGCCCACGUUGGCGCGGGUGAUGACGGCCUUCGUGGAGGCGUGGAUGGACCACAUCCUGGCCCAGAAGAUCAAGUUCAGCCUGCAGGGCGCUCUGCAGCUGCAGCAGGACUUCGCGCUGGUGCGGCAGCUGGUGCAGUGCGAGCAGUACGGGCUGGAGCCCGACACGAGGCAGGCGCUGCUCUCCCUGCGCGUCCUCCAGCAGAUGGACGGUGCCAUCCUCUGCCUCCUGCAGCAGCCCAGCGGCAAGGCGUAUCUGCCACCCCACGGCUGGCCCUCCCUGCGGCAGUGCUGUGAGGGGGUGGGGGUGGG